GUUUCUUGUUUUUUUUUUAGAAAUAUUUUUACCAGUUUGAUUUCUUUAUUAUCCUCAAAAUUUGUAGUUUUUAUUCAAAAUUGUAUGUGCUUAUAAUUCUUAACAUUAUUUCGUCGAUGUUUAUUAUUUUAGUUUUGAAAAUCGUGCUCAAAUUCGUUGUUACUAUGUUGGCAAAUCAGAUAACCUCAGCCGCGUUAAAAUUGUAGGUUUCACUUUGCAGUCUGAACAACGUCGCUCCAGAGUCUUACGAAAGUCGGCCAUUAUUACUGUUUUGUGGUGACAAUAUUCCUAAAAGCUGAGUUCAAUCAAACUUGAUCAAUUGUUCCAAGACGUUUUAGACAUAAAAAAUUACUGUGUUGUUAUUAUAAAAGUUCGGUCCAAUGGCUGAGACCGAUAAAUUAAACAUUGAUAGCAUAAUCUCACGUCUCUUAGAAGGUAGAAAUGUGUUUAUAUCUGGCUCUCGUUUAAUUCGAGGUGCUCGGCCAGGUAAAAAUGUUCAAUUGUCAGAAGGUGAAAUUCGAGGGCUCUGUCUAAAAUCUCGGGAAAUAUUUUUAUCACAACCAAUCUUACUGGAACUGGAAGCACCAUUAAAAAUAUGCGGUGAUAUUCACGGUCAAUAUUACGACUUGUUGAGACUUUUCGAGUAUGGGGGAUUUCCACCAGAAUCAAAUUAUUUAUUUCUGGGUGAUUAUGUUGAUCGUGGUAAACAGUCUUUAGAAACAAUUUGCUUAUUGUUAGCAUAUAAAAUUAAGUAUCCAGAAAACUUUUUCUUGCUCAGAGGUAACCACGAAUGUGCAAGCAUCAAUAGGAUUUAUGGUUUUUAUGAUGAAUGUAAACGACGCUACAACAUAAAAUUAUGGAAAACCUUCACAGACUGCUUUAACUGCCUGCCUGUUGCUGCAAUUGUGGAUGAGAAAAUCUUCUGUUGUCAUGGGGGAUUGUCACCUGACUUACAGUCUAUGGAACAAAUCAGAAGAAUAAUGAGGCCGACAGAUGUACCUGAUCAAGGCUUGCUGUGCGAUCUACUAUGGUCAGAUCCCGACAAGGACACCAUGGGCUGGGGUGAAAAUGAUCGUGGUGUUAGUUUUACAUUUGGAGCAGAGGUAGUUGGGAAGUUUUUACACAAGCAUGAUUUUGAUCUGAUAUGUAGGGCACAUCAAGUUGUUGAAGAUGGUUAUGAAUUUUUUGCUAAGAGGCAGUUGGUAACCUUAUUCAGUGCACCAAAUUAUUGUGGUGAAUUUGACAAUGCGGGAGCUAUGAUGUCUGUAGACGAGACACUUAUGUGUUCCUUCCAGAUAUUGAAACCUGCUGAUAAAAGGAAAUUCCAAUAUGGAGGCCUGAAUGCAGGCCGGCCUGUGACUCCCCCGAGGGGAGCCAAUAACAAGAAUAAAAAGAAGGGGGACUGAUAAUUUUACAUUAUAAGCCACCAUUUGUAUCGGAAUCGAGCUUCCUCCACAAGCACAUUUUCAUUUAUGUUAACUAAUUCAUUAAUUUAUGAGUUCACAUGUAUGUAGUACUUUCAUUUCCAUUAAACUUUUUAGUUUUAUAUAAAACUUCUAUUGGCAUGAGAUUUUAGAAUAUCGUAAUUCUAAUUUACAUUCAAAUUGUUAUUUUAGCUGAUUAAAUUAGAUUUUUAAACAUGUACAUGUUUUCAAUAA